GCCCUCCUUCCAAUUGCUGGAGAGAGAGGGGGAGUGAGAGAGUUUAAGGCAGGCUCUGCACUGGUGUUCUGGGCUAUUUCAACUUCAGGGCAACUUUAGAGAACUUCAGUUAUUUUUGGUUCUGGACAGCAGCUAAGACCAGCCGAGCCUCCAGGAGAUGCUGAUGCUGAUGCAGAUGCAGAAGACGAAGAUUCUGUUAAUGAAGUAGCAGUAGAAGACAUCCGUCCAAGGCCACAAGGAUCCUCUCCAGUUUAUGAAUAUUCCAUAGAAGAAGAAUAUUUAAAGCUUCAAGAAGAAAACAAAAAAUAUUCUACAGACAAAUCAAAACAGAGUCGACCACAGGAAACAAUGGAAGUGACCCUGAAAACAGACGUGGAAGCUGGUGCUAGUGGGUUUAGUGUGAUGGGUGGAGGAAAUGAAGGAAUAUUUAUUAAAAAAGUACUUAAGGAAUCUCCUGCUUCAAAAAUAUUUAGUCUGAAAGAAGGUGAUCAGCUUCUAAGUGCUACAAUAUUUUUUGAUAAUAUCAAAUAUGAAGAUGCACUCAAGAUUCUCCAAUAUUCCGAGCCAUACAGAGUCCAGUUCAGCCUGAAAAGAAAAGUUGCUGGGAAAGAAGAGCUAGAACACAUUCACUCUACAAUCCAGUACAAAAAGGAAAGAAUAAACCAGGAAAAAGAACUCAGCGAGAGCAUUCCUGAAGAAACAGUACAUGUUUCGGGAAAAGCCAUUUCAGAAGAAGACAGGGAAACGUUAAUUGUAAGCCAAAGGGUAGGAAGAAGCAAGAGACCUAAAAAAGACAGGUUAUCAUGGCCAAAAUUCCAGUCAAUUAAAAAUAAAAAGAUACUGGGGCACAGAAGAUCUCACAGUACAUCAGAUGCAUAUGAGCCUGCUGUGCAGGAUAUUUCCCCUACAAGCACAGACACAGAGUCUCAAUUUCAACAAGAAGUCCGUAUCAAAGAAAAAAAAGGAAGCCAAAAGAAACUGAAGUUCCCUAGCAUUGGAUUCAAAAUGCACAGAUCCAAACCAGAACCACAAGACAAGCAAAAAAGAGAAAUAAAAACUACACUGUUAUCUGAAAAAGAAAAAACACAUAAAGAAGAUAUCAGCCUGGAAAAUCCUGAAAUCCUAACUGUUGAAUAUACCACAUCUCCUGCUUAUGAAAUUAAAACAGGGGAGGUAGAAGAAAAUUUAACAAAAGAGUUAAAAGACAUGAAAAAUGGCAUUCCAUCUCACACAAAAAAACGCCCUGAAGUUGAAAUAAGCAUUAAAAAAGACAAAGAAUUGACAUCAAAAUUUACUGUACCUGAAGUACCAGCUGUAACAACCCAGAUAACAAAGCCCAGUUUAGAAACACCUGAUCUGAAAGAAAGCCCAACUAAACAAACACAGACCUCAUCAAAAUCACGAAAAAAGAAACAGAAAGGACCAGGAGAAAAAACAGAAGGAGAAAGUGGAAUAAACAUAGACAUGAUGGGACACACAGCACAAGGAUCUAUACAGGUAAAAGGUCUAGAAAUAGGCACUGCUAAAGCAGAAUUACACGCAACAUCCGACACACUGGAAACAAGAGAAAAAGAAGCAGAAGACACACAAAUACUAACAAUUCAGAAAACAAAAUUUGGGAUUUCAAUGCCCAAAAGAAAAGCGACAGAGACUGAAAAAGCCAAACCAGGAAGUGACGUUCCACAUUCAGUACCAGAAAAAAGAGCUGAUACAAGUUCAGAGGAUGGCAGCAAUUUGGAUGUGAAACCUCACAUGCCUGAUGCAGAAUCAGAUGUAUCUACUUGGAAAAUACAAAUGCCAUCACUCAAAAUAUCCAAAACGCCUAAAGCUGACGUGAAAAUUCCAAGAGAAGAAAGCACAGUUGAAUCAGUAGAUACUACAAAAAAGCCAGAGACAGAGGAAGAUGGUAUGCCCACAGCUGAUAAAACAUUGAAGAUGGACAUCAGCAUGAAGACAGGAGAAAAAGAUAUAGAGGGAAAAGAAAGCAAAUUCAGACUGCCAAAGUUUAAAUUACCUACAUUUACUUGGGCAACUACAAAGGAGGAGACAGGGCAAACAGAAGGUACAUUCAGUGACAGGGAAGGAAAACUCACAGAAGCAGGUGCAAAACCAGAGAUGAGUGUAUCAGCAGAAGAAAUGAAGAUUCCAAGUGCUGAAAUUAAAAUCGGAAUUUCCAAAGGAAAAACAAGUGACAAGGAUAUAGGACAAAUGCCAGAAGUCCAGAUACCAAGUCUGAAAGACCUGACUGAGAAAACUUCGAAGAGGAAGAUAAAUUUGGAAGACAAAGUUGGAGAAAUACUGAUUACAAAACCUGAAACUGAAAUAACUAACAGUGAACACAGUACAGCAUCAAAGAACACAGAGGAAUUAUCUCAAAAUAAACAAAUUGAUAUCAAAGCUCCCAAGGUGGACAUCAGCCUCCCCUCCAUCGAUGUCACCCUUCCAAAGACAAGCGUUGACCUGCAGGCGCCCGAGGCGGCCCUCACUGUGGAAGGGGAAGCCAAAGCCCCCGAGAAGGAGGCUACAAAGACCAAGGACAACAAGUUCAAGAUGCCCAAGUUCGGCAUGCCUUCCUUUGGCUGGUCCAGCAGCAAAGAGGCCAAGAGCACCGUGGCCGCUGACAUGGACGUCAGCCUGAAGGAGCCCCAAGUGACAGUGCCCUCGGGAACCGCCGAAGUCAAUGUGACCCUGCCUGGGGCCGAGAUCCAAGCACCCGACGUGGAGGUGACCGUCGAGACUGCAGCUGCUGGAGAUGGUGAGAAAGCUCGAUUCAAGAAGCCCGACCUCAAGCUGCCCAAAGUCAAAGCUCCCCAGGUGCAGGUCAGCCUGCCAAAGGCCGAGGUCUCGCUGCCCAAAGCCCAGGCCGAAGUCCAGGAGGUUGAAGUCGCCCUGCAGGGUCCCGAGGCCAAAGGCAGCCUGGAGGUUGCUCCUGGCAAAGUUGAGGGUGGUAGCAUGAAAAUACACAUGCCAAAAGUCAAGGUGCCCAGCGUGGACUCCAAGCCAACCGUCAAGUCUCCCAAAAUGGACGCAGACGUCAGCCUGCACAAAGUCGACACCAGACUCCCAGAGGCAGACCUGAAGGCCAGUGCCAUCAGCAUUGAGGCCCCUGAUAUCAAGGUGCCUUCCGUUGAAGGCUCCCUUGAGAUCCAGGCACCUGACAUAGACCUCAAAGUGCCCUCUGCUGAAGGCUCGCUGGACGGGGCCAAGCUGGAAGGCGCCGGCUUGAAGGGGAAGUUGAAGAUGCCCAGGUUCGACAAGCCCAAAUUUGGAUUGUCGCUCCCCAAGGUGGAAGUGCCCGGAGGAGAGGUCAGCCUGCCCUCCGCAGAGGUUGACCUUCCCUCCGCCACCGUGACAGCUGCAGGGGAGGGACCCACCCUUGGACUCAAAGCCGACGUCAAAACUGAAGGGGCCAGCUGGAAGCUGGAGAAGCCCUCCCUCAAAAUGCCCAAGGCUGACAUCAAAGCUCCCAAGGUGGACAUCAGCCUCCCCUCUGUCGAUGUCACCCUGCCAAAGGCCAGCGUCGACCUGCAGGUGCCCGAGGCGGCCCUCACGCUGGAUGGGGAAGCCAAAGCCCCUGAGAAGGACGCCGCAAAGACCAAGGAUGGCAAGUUCAAGAUGCCCAAGUUCGGCAUGCCUUCCUUUGGCUGGUCCAGCAGCAAAGAGGUCAAGGACACUGUGGCCGCUGAUAUGGACAUCAGCCUGAAGGAGCCCCAAGUGUCGGUGCCCUCGGAAAUGACCGAAGUCGACGUGACCCUGCCCAGGGCUGAGAUCCAUGCACCCGGUGUGGAGGUGAUGGCCAAGACGGCCGCCACAGGAGAAGGUGAGAAAGCUCGAUUCAAGAUGCCCAGCGUCAAGCUGCCCAAAGUCAAAGCUCCCCAGGUGCAGGUCAGCCUGCCAAAGGCCGAGGUCUCGCUGCCCAACGUCCAGGCCGAGGUCCAGGAGGGUCAAAUUGUCCUGCAGGGCCCCGACUCCGAAGGCAGCCUGGAGGUGUCUCCUGGCAAAGUUGAUGGCAGCGACAUGAAAAUAUACAUGCCAAAAUUCAAGAUGCCCAGCGUGGCCUUCUCCAAGCCGACUGUCAAGCCUCCCAAACUGGACGCAGACGUCAGCCUGCACAAAGUCGAUGCCAGCCUCCCAGAGGCAGAACUCAAGGCCGGUGCCGUCAGUGUUGAGGCCCCCGAAAUCAAGGUGCCCUCCGUUGAAGGCUCCCUCGAGAUCCAGGCACCUGACAUAGACCUCAAAGUGCCCUCUGCUGAAGGCUCGCUGGACGGGGCCGAGCUGGAAGACGCUGGCUUGAAGGGGAAGUUGAAGAUACCCAGGUUCGACAAGCCCAAAUUCGGAGUGUCGCUCCCCAAGGUGGAAGUGCCCGAAGGUGAGGUCAGCCUGCCCUCCGCAGAGAUUGACCUCCCCUCUGCCACCAUGACAGCCGCAGGGGAGACCCACGCGCUGGGCCUCAAAGCCGACGUCACUAUGGAAGGGGCCGGCUGGAAGCUGGAGAAGCCCUCCCUCAAAAUACCCAAGGCUGACAUCAAAGCUCCCAAGGUGGACAUCAGCCUCCCCUCCGUCGAUGUCACCCUGCCAAAGGCCAGCGUGGAGAUGCAGGCGCCCGAGGCGGCCCUCACCCUGGAUGGGGAAGCCCAAGCCCCUGAGAAGGAGGCUGCAAAGACCAAGGACGGCAAGUUCAAGAUGCCCAAGUUCGGCAUGCCUUCCUUUGGCUGGUCCAGCAGCAAAGAGGCCAAGGGCACCGUGGCCGCUGACAUGGACGUCAGCCUGAAGGAGCCCCAAGUGACGGUGACGUCGGGAACCACCGAAGUUGACGUGACCCUGCCCGGGGCCGAGAUCCAAGCACCUGACAUGGAGGUGACUGUCGGGAUGGCCACCACAGGAGAAGGCGAGAAAGCUCGAUUCAAGAUGCCUGACGUCAAGAUGCCCAGCGUCAAGCUGCCCAAAGUCAAAGCUCCCCAGGUGCAGGUCAGCCUGCCAAAGGCCGAGGUCUUGCUGCCCAAAGCCCAGGCUGAAGUCCAGGAGGGUGAAGUGGCUUUGCAGGACCCUGAAGCCGAAGGCAGCCUGGAGGUGUCUCCUGGCAAAGUUGAGGGUGGUUCCAUGAAAAUACACAUGCCGAAAGUCAGGAUGCCCAGCGUGGCCUUCUCCAAGCCAACCAUCAAGUCUCCCAAAAUGGACGCAGAAGUCAGCCUGCACAAAGUCGUCACCAUCCUCCCAGAGGCAGAACUCAAGACUGGUGUCAUCAGCGUUGAGGCCCCCAACAUAAAGGUGCCCUCCGUUGAAGGGUCCCUUGAGAUCCAGGCACCUGACAUAGACCUCAAAGUGCCCUCUGCCGAAGGAGUAAUAGACGGGGCCGAGGUGGAAGGCGCCAGCUUAAAGGGGAAGUUGAAGAUGCCCAAGUUCCACAAGCCCAAAUUCGGAGUGUCGCUCCCCAAAGAGGAAGUGCCCGAAGGUGAGGUCAGCCUGACCUCCGCAGAGGUUGACCUCCCCUCCGCCACCAUGACAGCAGCAGGGGAGGGCCACGCGCUGGGCCUCAAAGCCGACGUCACUAUGGAAGGGGCCGGCUGGAAGCUGGAGAAGCCCUCCCUCAAAAUGCCCAAGGCUGACAUCAAAGCUCCCAAGGUGGACAUCAGCCUCCCCUCCGUCGAUGUCACCCUGCCAAAGGCCAGCGUGGAGAUGCAGGCGCCCGAGGCGGCCCUCACCCUGGAUGGGGAAGCCCAAGCCCCUGAGAAGGAGGCUGCAAAGACCAAGGACGGCAAGUUCAAGAUGCCCAAGUUCGGCAUGCCUUCCUUUGGCUGGUCCAGCAGCAAAGAGGCCAAGGGCACCGUGGCCGCUGACAUGGACGUCAGCCUGAAGGAGCCCCAAGUGACGGUGACGUCGGGAACCACCGAAGUUGACGUGACCCUGCCCGGGGCCGAGAUCCAAGCACCUGACAUGGAGGUGACUGUCGGGAUGGCCACCACAGGAGAAGGCGAGAAAGCUCGAUUCAAGAUGCCUGACGUCAAGAUGCCCAGCGUCAAGCUGCCCAAAGUCAAAGCUCCCCAGGUGCAGGUCAGCCUGCCAAAGGCCGAGGUCUCGCUGCCCAAAGCCCAGGCUGAAGUCCAGGAGGGUGAAGUGGCUUUGCAGGACCCCGAAGCCGAAGGCAGCCUGGAGGUUGCUCCUUGCAAAGUUGAGGGGGGUUCCAUGAAAAUACACAUGCCGAAAGUCAAGAUGCCCAGCGUGGCCUUCUCCAAGCCAACCGUCAAGUCUCCCAAAAUGGACGCAGAAGUCAGCCUGCACAAAGUCGUCACCAUCGUUCCAGAGGCAGAACUCAAGACGGGUGUCAUCAGCGUUGAGGCCCCCAACAUAAAUGUGCCCUCCGUUGAAGGGUCCCUUGAGAUCCAGGCACCUGACAUAGACCUCAAAGUGCCCUCUGCCGAAGGAGUAAUAGACGGGGCCGAGGUGGAAGGCGCCAGCUUAAAGGGGAAGUUGAAGAUGCCCAAGUUCCACAAGCCCAAAUUCGGAGUGUCGCUCCCCAAAGAGGAAGUGCCCGAAGGUGAGGUCAGCCUGACCUCCGCAGAGGUUGACCUCCCCUCCGCCACCAUGACAGCAGCAGGGGAGGGCCACGCGCUGGGCCUCAAAGCCGAUGUCACUAUGGAAGGGGCCAGCUGGAAGCUGGAGAAGCCCUCCCUCAAAAUGCCCAAGGCUGACAUCAAAGCUCCCAAGGUGGACAUCAGCCUCCCCUCCGUCGAUGUCACCCUGCCAAAGACAAGUGUGGACCUGCAGUUGCCCGAGGCGGCCCUCACCCUGGAUGGGGAAGCCAAAGCCCCUGAGAAGGAGGCCGCAAAGACCAAGGAUGGCAAGUUCAAGAUGCCCAAGUUCGGCAUGCCUUCCUUUGGCUGGUCCAGCAGCAAAGAGGCCAAGAGCAAGGUGGCCGCUGACAUGGACGUCAGCCUGAAGGAGCCCCAAGUGACAGUACCCUCGGGAACCACCGAAGUCGACGUGACACUGCCCAGCUCCGAGAUCCAAACGCAUGGCGUGGAGGUGAGCGUUGAGAUGGCCGCCACAGGAGAAGGUGAGAAAGGUCGAUUCAAGAUGCCUGACGUCAAGCUGCCCAAAAUCAAAGCUCCCCAGGUGCAGGUCAGCCUGCCAAAGGCCGAGGUCUUGCUGCCCAAAGCCCAGGCUGAAGUCCAGGAGGGCGAAAUGGCCCUGCAGGGCCCCAAGGCCGAAGGCAGCCUGGAGGUUGCUGCCGGCAAAGUUGAGGGCAGCGGCAUGAAACUACACAUGCCGAAAGUCAAGGUGCCCAGCGUGGCCUUCUCCAUGCCGACCGUCAAGUCUCCCAAAAUGGACGCAGACGUCAGCCUGCACAAAGUCGACACCAGACUCCCAGAGGCAGACCUGAAGGCCGGUGCCAUCAGCAUUGAGGCCACCGACAUCAAGGUGCCCUCCGUUGAAGGCUCACUUGAGAUCCAGGCACCUGACAUAGACCUCAAAGUGCCCCCUGCCGAAGGCUCGCUGGACGGGGCCGAGCUGGAAGGAGCCACCUUGAAAGGGAAGCUGAAGAUGCCCAGGUUUGUCAAGCCCAAAUUUGGAGUGUUGCUCCCCAAAGUGGAAGGGCCCGAAGGUGAGGUCAGCCUGCCCUCCGCAGAGGUUGACCUUCCCUCCACCACCGUGACAGCUGCAGGGGAGGGACCCACGCUGGGACUCAAAGCCGACGUCACUAUGGAAGGGGCCGGUUGGAAGCUGGAGAAGCCCUCCCUCAAAAUGCCCAAGGCUGACAUCAAAGCUCCCAAGGUGGACAUCAGCCUCCCCUCCGUCGAUGUCACCCUGCCAAAGACCAGUGUGGACCUGCAGGCGCCCGAAUUGGCCCUCACCCUGGAAGGGGAAGCCAAAGCCCCUGAGAAGGAGGCUGCAAAGACCAAGGAUGGCAAGUUCAAGAUGCCCAAGUUCGGCAUGCCUUCCUUUGGCUGGUCGAGCAGCAAAGAGGCCAAGGGCACGGUGGCCGCUGACAUGGACGUCAGCCUGAAGGAGCCCCAAGUGACAGUGCCCUCAGGAACCACGGAAGUCGACGUGACCCUACCCGGGGCCGAGAUCCAAGCACACGGUGUGGAGGUGACUGUCGAGAUGGCUGCCACAGGAGAAGGCGAGAAAGCUCGAUUCAAGAUGCCCGACGUCAAGCUGCCCAAAGUCAAAGCUCCCCAGGUGCAGGUCAGCCUGCCAAAGGCCGAGGUCUCGCUGCCCAACGUCCAGGCCGAGGUCCAGGAGGGUCAAAUUGCCCUGCAUGGCCCCGACUCCGAAGGUAGCCUGGAGGUGUCUCCUGGCAAAGUUGAUGGCAUCGACAUGAAAAUACACAUGCCAAAAUUCAAGAUGCCCAGCGUGGCCUUCUCCAAGCCGACCGUCAAGUCUCCCAAACUGGACGCAGACGUCAGCCUGCACAAAGUCGAUGCCAGCCUCCCAGAGGCAGAACUCAAGGCUGGUGCCGUCAGUGUUGAGGCCCCCGAAAUCAAGGUGCCCUCCGUUGAAGACUCCCUCGAGAUCCAGGCACCUGACAUAGACCUCAAAGUGCCCUCUGCUGAAGGCUCGCUGGACGGGGCCGAGCUGGAAGGCGCCGGCUUGAAGGGGAAGCUGAAGAUGCCCAGGUUUGACAAGCCCAAAUUCGGAGUGUCGCUCCCCAAGGUGGAAGUGCCCGAAGGUGAGGUCAGCCUGACCUCCGCAGAGGUUGACCCUCCCUCCGCCACCAUGACAGCAUCAGGGGAGGGACCCACGCUGGGACUCAAAGCUGACGUCACUAUGGAAGGGGCCGGCUGGAAGCUGGAGAAGCCCUCCCUCAAAAUGCCCAAGGCUGACAUCAAAGCUCCCAAGGUGGACAUCAGCCUCCCCUCCGUCGAUGUCACCAUGCCAAAGGCCAGUGUGGAGAUGCAGGCGCCCGAGGCGGCCCUCACCCUGGAUGGGGAAGCCAAAGCCCCUGAGAAGGAGGCUGCAAAGACCAAGGAUGGCAAGUUCAAGAUGCCCAAGUUCGGCAUGCCUUCCUUUGGCUGGUCCAGCAGCAAAGAGGCCAAGGGCACCGUGGCCGCUAAUAUGGACGUCAGCCUGAAGGAGCCCCAAGUGACAGUGCCCUCAGGAUCCACCGAAGUCGAUGUGACCCUGCCUGGGGCCGAGAUCCAAGCACCCGGCUUGGAGGUGACCAUUGAGACGGCCGCCACAGGAGACGGCGAAAAAGCUCGAUUCAAGAUGCCCAGCGUCAAGCUGCCCAAAGUCAAAGCUCCCCAGGUGCAGGUCAGCCUGCCAAAGGCCGAGGUCUCGCUGCCCAAAGCCCAAGCUGAAGUCCGGAAGGGUGAAGUCGCCCUGCAGGGUCCCGAGGCUGAAGGCAGCCUGGAGGUUGCUCCUGGCAAAGUUGAGGGUGGUAGCAUGAAACUACACAUGCCGAAAGUCAAGGUGCCCAGCGUGGCCUUCUCCAAGCCAACCAUCAAGGCUCCCAAACUUGACGCAGACCUCAGCCUAUACAAAGUCGAUGGCAGCCUCCCAGAGGCAGACCUCAAGGCCGGUGCUGUCAGCACUGAGGCCCCGGAAAUCAAAGUACCCUCCGUCGAAGGCUCCUUCGACAUCCAGGCACCUGACAUAGACCUCAAAGUGCCCUCUGCCGAAGGCUCGCUAGAUGGUGCCGAGCUGGAAGGUGCCGGCUUGAAGGGGAAGUUGAAGAUGCCCAGGUUCGACAAGCCCAAAUUCGGAGUGUCGCUCCCCAAGGUGGAAGUGCCCGAAGGUGAGGUCAGCCUGACCUCCGCAGAGGUUGACCUUCCCUCCGCCACCAUGACAGCAGCAGAUGAGGGCCCCGUGCUCAGUGUCAAAGCCGACAUCAAAACUGAAGGGGCCUGUUGGAACCUGGAGAAGCCCUCCCUCAAAAUGCCCAAGGCUGACAUCAAAGCUCCCAAGGUGGACAUCAGCCUCCCCUCCGUCGAUAUCACCCUGCCAAAGGCCAGUGUGGACCUGCAGGCGCCCGAGGUGGCCCUCACCCUGGAUGGGGAAGCCAAAGCCCCCGAGAAGGAGGCUGCAAAGACCAAGGACGGCAAGUUCAAGAUGCCCAAGUUCGGCAUGCCUUCCUUUGGCUGGUCCAGCAGUAAAGAGGCCAAGGGCCCCGUGGCCGCUGACAUGGACGUCAGCCUGAAGGAGCCCCAAGUGACGGUGCCUAUGGGAACCGCCAAAGUUGAUGUGACCCUGCCCGGUGUCGAGGUCCAAGCGCCCGGCGUAGAGCUUGCUUUCGAUUCUUCCUCCCUAAAAGAGGAUGAUUCUGGUAAACCUAAAACUUCUCUCUUUAGAAUUCCUACUGUUUCCCUUUCUAGAAGUUCUAAAUCUCAGGCACAGAGUAAAUCUGGAGAUGAAUUUUCUGUGUCAGAAGCGCUUUGUUAUUCUUUAACAGAGGAAAGUCCAGCUGUACUUUCAGGUGGUGUCAGCUCUAACGUUCUUCAGGAUAUUAAGGGAGACAGUGGCUCUAAAACUACUAAGUUCAGUAUUCCUAGCUUGGGUUUCUCCAAAGUUGACAUUGGUUCUUCUAAAAUUGAACGGGAUUCCCAUUUACCAAAAGGGGAUAUUAUUCUUACUAAGUAUCAAAAAAAUGUGGUAGAACCACAAUCAAAAAUAUCAUCUCUUGCUGAUAAGGUUCUUUCAGAACAUGAUUUUGAAAUUUUAAAUGAAGAUGGUUCUUUGGAGCAAGGAAAUCUGACGUCAGGAGAGAAAACUUCAGCUGCUGACAUAUCUGUGGGUGACACAGAGAUUACAGUUAAAAUUCCUAAAUUCCGAAAACCAAAAUUUGGAAUUUCUUGGUCUAAGGGAAAACCAUCAGAAUGUAUUGUUGGUUCCAAAGUUGAAUAUGACAUUUCCCAGGGAAGGAUAACAUCUGAUAUGACUUAUACUGAUACUGACAAACAAUCUCAGAUCUCUAAUGCUGAGUUAGAUGUGUUGAUGCACGAGCCUUCACCUGAAUUUGGUCUGGAUGCACCAACUCUGGAUGUCAGUCUCCCAUCAAUGGAAGUUACCAUGCCAAAAUUAGAAGCAGAAAUCCAUGGCCCAGAUUUAGAAUGCAAGACAGAGCAAGAAGUAGUUUCAGGAGAGAAGGACACUGAGGAGAAAGAAAACAAAAUUAAAACAUCAAAAUUCAAACUUCCUUCAUUUAGUUGGUCACCAAAGAAAGAAGCUAUUGCUCCUUCUGAAGUUGAGGGACAUCUGGAAGAACCCACUUUGUCUACUUCAUCUGGAGACACAGAAUCUGAAUUAACACGUCCCACUCCUGAGAAUAAAUACCCUCAUGGGGAAUAUGAUACAUCAACAGAAAAAGAUGGUGAAAAGGGCAGAAACAAGAAGCCCCAUUUUAUCAUGCCAAAGAUCUCAUUCCCUAAAAUUAAGGGUCAAAAAGUCCAGGUCUCUCUGCCCAUACUGGAAACUGACAUUUGUGGUCCCAAACAAGAAAAAGAAUGUGUUUCAGUACAGAAAUCUGAGAAAGGGAGUAGUGGCGAACAGGCAGGAAUGGGCAUAAAAAUGCCAAAAGAUACAGUCCCUACUUUGGAAUUUUCCAAACCAGAAGUCAAAGCUCCCAAAAUAGAGAUGGAUAUUAGGAUGCCUACAGGUGAGGUCAUACUUCCUACACGUGAAGAAGAUGACCUGACAUUGAAAUCAGCUGCUGCUAAUGCCAGCCUCUCCACCUCACCUAUUAAGAUGUUAACUGAAGGCUCUCUUGAGGUGAAGAGUCCUGACGGAAAUGUUGAAAGAAAAUCAAAUGAAAUUGCUGUUGGUGAUGUAGAAAUAAAAAUUGAAGGUCCUGAAGGGAAAACAAAAAUGUCUAAAUUCCAAAUGCCAAAGUUUGGAAUUACACAUUCAAAAGGGAAAGGGUCAGAAAAAGAAGUUAGCCAAUCCAAACCAGAAGUCAAGGUUCCCCAACUAAAAGCAAUGAUAGAAAUAGCUGACAUUGCUGUUGAAGCACCAAAUUUGGAGGUGGAAUAUGGUACAGGAACAGAAACUUACAGCCCUGAAGUCAAAAUAACCAAAGAUGAUAAUAAGGCAUCAGAGGCUGAUGUUCACCUCCCAUCAGCUGACAUUUCUAUUCCAAAACCAGACAGUGAUAGUCAUGAUUCAGAUGCAGCACUAAAAAUGAAAGGGGAAAUAAAGCAAGAUGGAGAUGGAGAAGAAAAAGAAGGACAUUUCAAAAUGCCAAAAUUUAAAAUGCCAUCCUUCAGUUGGUCACCAAAGAAAGAAGCAAGUGUUAAACUGGAUUCUGGAGCAAAUUUGGAAGAUCAUAAACUUGCUCUAAUGUCAGGCCCAAUAGACUCAGAAGUGAGAGGAACUGCAACUGAUGAUCAAGAUACUGGGCCAGCCCUUGAUCUGGAAAUAUCUGCAGGAAAAGUUGAACAAAAAAGUCCAAUUAAAAAGCCCCAAUUUGUCAUGCCUAAAAUUUCGCUCUCCAAGAUCAAGGUUCCCAAAUCUCAGACUCAUUCACCAAAAGUUGAAGCUGAUACUACUGUUCCUAAAACAGAAAGAGAGGGUGAUGAUUCAAUACAGAUACCUGAUAUAGAAAGUAGUCAUUCUGAAAGAACAGAAGGGGCACAAAUAAGCAUAAAACUGGCUGAUGUUAAGAUCCCCACUCUGGAGUUUUCCAAAAUGGAAACUGGAGCUGCUCAAACUGAAAUGGCAGUCAGCUCAGCAAAGAUUGAUGCUGCUCUGCCUCCCCCAGAGGGGAGUUUUCAACAGGUUGUCCUACAAUCAAGUUCUACUGAUGAAGAUACCCUUCAAAAAACAGGUAUUAAGUUCACCAAAGGAGAAGCUUCAACUGAACUGAGGAGCCCUGAAAUAGUAACAGAAAGAUCAUCAGUUGUGGGUGGAAGAAAGAUGAAGUUGGAAGGUCCUGAAGGGAAGAUUAAAAUGCCCAAAUUUCAGAAGCCGAAGUUUGGACUCUCCCUAACAAAAGGGAAAGGCCCAGAGCCAGAGAUCAGCUCUCCAAAAAUAGAAGCUGAGCUACCCCAGAUGAAAACAACAAAUGAAAUUGCUGACAUUUCUGUGGGAAUUCCAGCACCAGAACUUACAUCUGAUAUGUCAGACCCAGGAGUAAGUGUUUCUAAGAUAAAAACACCCCAAGUUCUGACAGCUGACGUUGAAGCUCCGAAGGUAGACAUAAGCCCUCAGUCAGGGUCUAAACCAAUGGCAGAGGGAGCUAUUGAGAGCCUUGAGGAGAAAGAAAUCAAAUUUAAAAAAGAACAAGAAAUAAAAGCUGAAGAAGUUCAGACUGAAGAACACCAGGGAUGGUUUAAAAUGCCAAAAUUUAGAAUACCUACAUUUGGCAGAACAUCCUUAAAGGAAAAAAAAGGUGCUGAUAUUGAAAGAAGUAUGGAAAAAUCUCAGGCAGGCAUUCCCUCUGCCAAAGUACAAACUGAAACAAGUAUUGCUGAAAAUGCCUUCUCAUUACCACAUGCAGUUGCUGACAUUACUAUUGGAAAAGAAGGGAUUCCAAAAGUAGGAGAUUCUGUGAAGAGUUCUGAUGUUAGCUUGUCAAAGAUAGAAGGAGAUAUUUCAUUAUCUACAGAAAAAACAUAUAGAGUGAAUAUUCCUGAAACUUACGCAGACAUAGUUAAGCAUGGUGCUGAAGGACAAAAAAUGCAUACUUCAGAAUUCAUAGUGUCUUCUGCAGAAUUGUCUAAAUCAUACUUAAGUGCUUCAGAAACUGACAAAGACAACAGUCUAACGGAUAGGUUUCCUACUUGUACUCUGACCCUUCAAGAGCAUAAAGUCAAAUCACAGGUUGUAGAAGUCCCAAAGGUAGAAAGUUCCACUAAGUUAGAGACUUCAGGAGCAGGAUGUAAACCGUCAUCAGCUGAAAUUUCUCUGGAUGCAACACAGGACAAAAUAGAUGUUAGUCUUUCAGCAGGAGAGCUAGAUAUUCAAAAUCAAGAGGCAGUAAUUAAAAAAGGAAAGAUAAAGGGUGAGAUGAAAAUGAUAGGAAAAGACAGUGAAGGAAGCCAAUUAAAAAGGCCUACAUGUGAAUGGUCUACAACAAAAGGAUCGGAAAAUGGUGCUUAUGUUACAGCUAAGCUGGAAGAUCUAAAGGUGGAAGUUCCAGGAGUAAAGGUGGAUGUUAGAAUUGCUAGAGUAGAUCCUGAAAUUAAAUAUCAAGUGAAAAGUGUUGAAAAGGACAAGUCUGCAGGGGUGGAAGUGCAAGUAGAAGAUAGAGCAGAAACAAGUAAAAUUAAAACAUACAAGUAUAAGAUUCCAAAGUUCGGAGUGUUGCAUUCAGAAGUGAAGGAUUUUGAAGGUGAUAUCAAUUUGCCAAAGUCAGAAUCUGAUUCGGUAUCUAAAACUGAAAUAGGCACAACAGAAAUGCAGUUUCAAAAACCAGAAGGAUCUAUUGGCCUGAAAAUUCCAACUCUAGAUCAUAUGGAAACAUCUGCUGGAAUAACAGCAGAAACAGUGGACAAAUCACAAGGUUGCCCAGAAGUAAAUAUAAAAAUUCCCAAACUAAAAAUACCAAGAUUCACUUUCAGAGUUCUCCCAAUUGAAGCUGAUGUUUCCGUGUCAAAAGUGGUAACAGAUCCAAAGGGAUCUAGUACUGACAUUGAAGUAGUGCAACUGCAAGAAAGCUCUGCUAUCCCUGAACAAACACUAGAGGCUCUAGAGGGUGGUAUCCAAAAAGCAAAAAGCAAAAUUCUAACACUGACUGAACCUAACAUUAAAACAGCACAGAUGACUACUACCGUAGAGUCCUCCCCUUCAAAUGCAGGGCAAGACAUUCAGUGGUCGUAUGUAGAAGGCCAAGAAGUGAGUGAGAAAGUAGAACCUGAACAUGUCGCUAUUGAAAGGUGUGAGAUUUACACUACUGAAAUACUGAAAGAAUCAGAGAUUCUCUCAUCAGAAGUCAAAACUGCUACUUUGGGAUUCUCACUGCUCAAGGUGAAAUUGCCUGAAUCACAUAGCAACUUAGAGGUGCUAGUCCAGCAACCAUCUUCAACAGAAGGUAUACCAGUGAGCAAACCUAAAUGUGCCGAUGAAAGCCUCGGAGCACAGAGGACUGGCAGUGCUGAGCUUAAACUAUCUGACCAACCACACAGUGAGGCUGAAGAAUCUAGUGGAGAAGUAAGUUUGACAAAGUUAAAAACAUUUCCUGGUGAAGUAAAACCUUCCAGUAAACUUGAAGAGAGUCUUCCUGAUAGGUCACCAGAGGGAAUAACUGCAGGUCCUCUCUCUAAAGAUGAGGAUGUAGCUGAAGCACUAGAAGAUGAAGAAAAAGACAUAACCAAUGAAAAAGAAAAGACUGAGAGUAAAAGAUCUCCUGGAAGAUUCAAAUUUUGGCUUCCAAGUAUUGGCUUUUCAUCUUCUGGUGAUGAAACAAGCACAGAUUCAAAAACAGAAGUAAAAAAAUCAGUUCCAGAAGAUGUGAAACCUGCUGACACGUCAGAUAAUGAUUCUUCUAAGCAAACUGAAAAAACUGGAUGGUUUAAAUUUCCCAAGCUUGGUUUCACAUCUCCUUCCAAAAAGGCUAAGACUGUUGACAAAGAAGAGAUGGGUCAAAAAGAGGGAAGAAUCUCAGAUGAAGAUAGCCCAUCAGAUAAACCUGAUGUAUUUUUUGAUGCACAAGAAAGCUUAUCACCUAAAGAAACAAUGGAGGGUGAAAAAGUUGAAAUUGAUGGGGCCUCAUCUCAUGUUCCAGUUUCUCGAACUAUCGUGACAUCUUCGGCAAGAACUGAACUAAUCUUGUUGGAAGAAGAAAAAGAUAGUCAAUCUGGUAUUCCUGGAGAUACAACCAAAUGAAUAUUGUCUUUUCUCAACCCUCAAUGACAACAAAAUAAUCCACAUGUACAGAAAAGAAUGUUUUCUUAAUUUUCUAGUAACUGAAAAUUAAACAAAACCCACAGCUGAUAUUCAUGAAAAUAGUCGAUCAGAAUUUACCACGUUUAAAUUUUCAAGCUAUGCUGUGCGCUAAUAAAAGCACUGAUUUCUUUGAACCUGCCCCACGGGCAACAAUUACUGCAGGUACAGUGAAGCCCAUAGUUUUAGCAAAGUCUGAAAAGAUAACUGAACCAUGAAAUUAGACCAUUGAAAGGCUCGAUGAUAGCAAAAGACUUGUUAAAUAGGCUUCUCAAAACCACACUGAUUAUGUUUAGAUUAUAGAUUAUUUUCGGAAUGGAGUAUAAACUAAUACUAUGAGAACUAUAUUUACCUGUUUAGAUUUUUGGACCUUUCUGACCUACUUUUCCUUUCUUAUUAAAAUAUUUUUCUUUAUGUCAGCGAAGAUAAUAUGUAUAUUCCACAAACAUUUUAAAAUGCAAAAUAAAAUCAAAAUACUAGUGUAGAGAGUCUAAAGCUUUACCUUUUCCUCUCUUAUUUUUUUUUUUUAUUAUUGUGGUGGGUCAUAUUUAGCCUUAAAAGAACUUAAAAAAAACAGAAUAAAUUCAAGACCAAAAAUCAUAUAACUACUUCACAUUUUUAAAAUACCAAAACAAAACAUGUUGAGAAUUGUGGAUAAAUAAAUUUUAAUGUAUAUAUUUACUGGAUAGUUAAAUGCACAGAAUGAUCUGCCACACUGGUGGAAUCGCCUCAAAGAUUUUCUGGGAAAGGAGAUGUAUAUAAUUAUUUGCUUCUUUGUUUAUAUUAAUGCUUCUCUCAAGUACACAACAAAAACCAGAGUGCAUAUGUGACAGCCUUCACAUGUAUUAAAACACUGUCUGUAUUCUUAACUCACAAUAAACUCACCAUAUGAAUAA